CGGCGGCGGUGGAGGGACGGGGACGGAGCCGGGGACCGACCGGGGGCGGCCGCUGCCGGGCGCUGGGGCUCGGCUCGGGCGGCGCUGCCAUGUUCGGCCGCGGCUCCCGCAAGCGGCUCUCGGGCCGCUCGCUGACGGCGUCGGGGGAGCCGGAGCGGGGCCAGCCCUGCACCACCUGCGGGGACCAGUGUCCCGGCUUCGCCCUGCACAAGUGGAGGAAGAUUUGCCUUCACUGUAAGUGCUCCCAGGAAGAGCACAUCGUGACAGUUAUGCCUUUGGAGAUGGAGAAGACCGUCACCAAGCUCAUGUUCGACUUCCAGAGGAAUUCCACCUCCGACGACGACUCGGGCUGUGCCCUGGAGGAGUACGCGUGGGUGCCCCCCGGCCUGAAACCCGAGCAGGUGCACCAGUACUACAGCUGCCUCCCAGAAGACAAGGUCCCCUACGUCAACAGCCCGGGAGAAAAAAUCCGCAUCAAGCAGCUUUUGCACCAGCUGCCGCCGCACGACAAUGAGGUCCGCUACUGCAAUUCGCUGGAUGAGGAGGAGAAGAGAGAGCUCAAACUCUUCAGCAAUCAGAGGAAGAGGGAAAACUUAGGGAGAGGCAACGUCCGGCCGUUCCCUGUAACCAUGACGGGAGCCAUCUGUGAGCAGUGCGGCGGGCAGAUCAACGGCGGGGACAUGGCCGUCUUUGCCUCGCGAGCUGGGCACGGCGUUUGCUGGCACCCUCCUUGCUUCAUCUGCAGCGUCUGUAACGAGCUGCUGGUCGACCUGAUCUACUUCUACCAGGACGGCAAGAUUUACUGCGGCAGGCACCACGCCGAGUGCCUCAAGCCCCGGUGCGCAGCGUGCGACGAGAUCAUUUUUGCCGAUGAGUGCACCGAGGCCGAAGGGCGGCACUGGCACAUGAAGCACUUCUGCUGCUUCGAGUGCGAGACUGUGCUGGGGGGGCAGAGGUACAUCAUGAAGGACGGCCGGCCCUACUGCUGCAGCUGCUUCGAGUCCCUCUACGCCGAGUACUGCGACACCUGCGCCCAGCACAUCGGUAUCGACCAGGGCCAGAUGACGUACGACGGCCAGCACUGGCACGCCACCGAGACCUGCUUCUGCUGCGCGCAGUGCAAGAAGUCCCUCCUGGGCCGGCCCUUCCUGCCCAAGCAGGGGCAGAUCUUCUGCUCCAGGGCCUGCAGCGUCGGCGACGACCCCAACGGCUCCGACUCCUCCGACUCGGCCUUCCAGAGCGCGCGGGCCAAGGAGUCCCGCCGCAGCGCCAAGAUCGGCAAGAACAAGGGGAAGGCGGAGGAGGGCGCGCUGAGCCAGCUGCAGGUCACCUCCAGCCGCCUCUCCGCCGACGUGGACCCGCUCUCGCUGCAGAUGGACUUGCUGAGCCUGGCCAGCCAGACGCCGAGCCUCAACAGGGAGCACGUGUGGCGGAGCAGGGACGAGCUCUACCACUACGGGAGUAAAAUGGAGCAGGGGCAGUCCCAAAGCCCUCUGCAGCUUCUCAGCCAAUGCAAUAUCAGGACUUCCUACAACCCCGGCCAGGUCCCAGGCUCUCAGCCAGAUCUAUGGGCGAAGCACUUCAGCAACCCGAAGAGGAGCUCCUCGCUGGCGAUGAAGGGGCACGGCGGCAGCUUCAUCCAGGACUGCAGAGAGGACUACUAUUCGGGGCGGCUUCGCUCGCAGGAGAGCUACAGCGACAUGUCCAACCAGAGCUUCCCCGAGACCAGAGGAAGCCUCAAAGUCCCCAAGUACGAAGAGGAGGAGGAAGGUGGGAUGCCGACGCCACAGUGCCGCACCCGGCAUCCCAUCAACGCCCUGAAGUUCACGGAGGACCUGACGCCCACCGAGCAGACUCCCCGCGGCUCCAUGGAGUCCCUGGCGCUUUCAAAUGCCACAGGCCUCUCAGCAGACGGCGGAGCCAAGCGCCAGGAGCAUCUCUCCAGGUUCUCCAUGCCCGACCUGAGCAAAGACUCGGGCAUGAACGUCUCGGAGAAGCUGAGCAACAUGGGGACCCUCAACUCCUCCGUGCAGUUCCGCAGCGCCGAAUCCGUCCGCAGCCUGCUCUCCGUGCAGCAGUACCAAGACCUGGAGCCCAACCUCCACGACCUGGCCAGCCCCAUCAGCUACCGCGAGCGGCCGGCGCACGGCCGCCUGCACCAGAGCUUCGACUACGGCAGCGGGGUGCCCGGGGGCAAGCUGGGGGCGCAGGACGGCGCGAGGCAUGCCCCCAUGAGCGAGCGCACGCGCCGGCGAACUACCCUGCGGGACGAUGACCGGCACUACCGCCCGCACCGCUCGCGACGCUCCCGGCGCUCCCGCUCGGAUAACGCCCUGCACCUGGCCAGCGAGCAGUGCUGCCGGCUGAAGGAGAGGCCCUCGCUGCGAGCCAGGGAUGACUACGACCAGUUCGUGCACCAGCGGAGCUGCAGAGAGAGCCUGGAGCAGGGUCCCCGCAGGGACGCCUACGGCCACUGUCCCAGGACGGUGUCGGACCUCGCCCUGCAGAACCACUUGGGCGAGCGCUGGGGGCCCUACUUCGCCGAGUACGACUGGUGCUCGACGUGCUCCUCCUCUUCGGAGUCCGACAACGAGGGCUAUUUCCUCGGGGAGCCGAUUCCCCAGCCCGCCCGCCUCCGGUACGUGACCAGCGAGGAGCUCCUGCACAAGUACGGCUCCUACAGCAUGCCCAAGUCUUCCACCUUGGGCGGCAGAGGACAGUUGCACAGCCGGAAAAGACAGAAGAGCAAAAACUGUAUCAUAUCCUAAUGGCAUCCUUGCCGGGCACCUUCGGAGAAUGUAGAUUAACUCACAAACUUGCACUGUUCUAGACCAUGUAAGCGCUUUUAUUGUAACAAAAAGGCCUGAGGAGUAGGGGUUUGUAAGAAGGUUGUAGACUGGCUUCUAUAAAUAGUCAUAAUCGUGGGCACAGUGAA